ACGCCAACCAAAACCGAAACAGUUACACACAUACAGAGGCUGAAACAACUUCAAUUCCUUUCCUACUAGCAACUUAGCAAGCAAGCAAGCAAGAAAGAAACAGCACGUUCCUCUUCUUCUUCUUCUUCUUCUUCUUCAGACUUUCUGUUCUGAUUCAACCAACCUUUUAUAGUGCAUAAUAAUAUUUCAGAAGCAUGGAGACUAGCAUCACGUGCUGCGCACGUGGGUUCCUCCCUGCAGGUGUCUCUUCUCAACAUUCAACUGCUUUUGUUUGUCAAUCUUCCAUUUCUCCAUCCUUCUGCUCCAAGAGUCUGAAAUCGAGCUCACUAUUUGGGGAGUCCUUGAGGAUCAUGUUAAAGGCAUCAUCAGUUAAGGUGUCAAAGACCAACAACUCUUCCCUUGUAACCAGGUGCGAGAUUGGUGACAGUCUGGAAGAGUUCCUUACAAAGGCAUCUUCAGAUAAGGGACUGAUAAGAUUAAUGGUGUGCAUGGGUGAAGCACUCAGAACCAUUGCUUUCAAAGUGAGAACAGCUUCUUGUGGAGGAACAGCCUGUCUCAACUCUUUUGGAGAUGAGCAGCUCGCAGUUGACAUGCUCGCCGAUAAGCUCCUUUUUGAGGCCUUGACUUAUUCCCACUACUGCAAAUAUGCUUGCUCUGAGGAAGUCCCUGAACUCCAAGACAUGGGAGGCCCAGCUCAAGGUGGAUUCAGUGUUGCUUUUGACCCUCUUGAUGGGUCUAGUAUAGUGGACACAAAUUUCACAGUUGGCACCAUAUUUGGGGUGUGGCCUGGAGACAAGUUAACAGGUGUGACAGGGAGAGAUCAAGUUGCUGCAGCCAUGGGGAUUUACGGACCCCGAACUACAUAUGUUCUUGCUCUUAAAGACAUGCCAGGCACUCAUGAGUUCCUUCUUCUUGAUGAAGGAAAAUGGCUACAAGUCAAAGACACAACAGAAAUUGGUGAAGGAAAGAUGUUCUCUCCUGGAAAUUUGAGAGCCACAUCUGACAACCCUGACUAUGACAAGCUGAUCAACUACUAUGUAAGAGAGAAAUAUACAUUGCGAUACACUGGAGGAAUGGUGCCGGAUGUAAAUCAGAUAAUAGUGAAAGAGAAAGGUAUAUUCACAAAUGUGACAUCCCCAUCAGCGAAAGCAAAGCUGAGGCUGCUGUUUGAGGUGGCUCCUUUAGGGUUCUUAAUUGAGAAAGCAGGGGGAUACAGUAGUGAUGGCAAACAGUCUGUGCUUGACAAGGUGAUUGUUAAUCUUGAUGACAGGACUCAAGUUGCUUAUGGAUCCAAGAACGAGAUUAUCCGAUUUGAGGAAACACUAUACGGUUCCUCCAGGCUCAAGACCGGUGUGCCAGUUAGCGCCGUUGCUGCUUAAGCUAAUUUGCUUUGUUUUCUUGCCUUUUAAUUUUUUAAAUUUUUUUUCUAUUAUCUUUUUCUUCAUAGAACAAAAAGUUAAAAUUACAUCUAUACAGGUUUGUAUUAUAGUUUAUCAAGAUGUAUAUAUUUGGUUUAUAGCUAGAGCUAGACUCAAGUUAAAUGAUUCACAAGGUUGAAUUGUCUUAAGAUGGAGACUGGAGGGAGAGAUCAAGCAGUUUCAGUGUUUGUUCUUCUUUUACAUGAACUUACUUUUGAUUUAAACAACUAUAAUACAAUUAAUAUUUCAAAUA